AUGUCGGGCGACGCCAAGUCGGCCAUUGCAGCUCGAUUCCUCGACUCGUUCCUGCGCGAGAUCGUCCUCGACACGGCCAUCCUCACGAAUGCCAAGAUCAAACGUGCGCGCUCCAUCUGUCACCUCUGCGGCGUGCGAUGUCAAGCUCAUACGUCCGCAGCCCAACAGUCCUCUCUCUCCGCGCUCGAUGCCGCUCCUUCUCGAUCCGGGACACCUGUGCCAGGAGGCUCGGCGCCGAAGCCGGACUACUACUCGAACAACCCGCUGUUUGAAUGUCUCGUGUGCUCGCGACAGGUGAGCUCGAACCGAUACGCGACGCAUCUGGCCAAAUGUAUGGGGAUGGGUAGCAAAGGUGGACGAAAGGGCGCUGCGAGGAAUGCAAAGGCGACGAGCGCGACUCCGGUCGGCAGGGGCGCGGGGACACCGAGAUACAGCAGCGAUGCCGAUGACGAUAGUCUGACGAAACGCAAGAAUGGGUUGGUAAAAGGGACAAAGAGGGCCAACAGCCCGCUUGCCCCCAGCUCGGUCGCAAAUGCGAGGAUGAACAAGAGGAUCAAGACCAGUUCUCCGACUCCGCCACCAGCCGAGGGAGGGGGAGGGCUGAACAGGACUUUUUCGUCACAGACGUUCGCCCCGUCCGGAUUGAGCAACUCGACCGUGCUCAGCGGCUCACCGCUCAAUCCGAACCAUACAGGGACCGCGAGCAACGGUGCGGGUAAGAAGAGGAAACGGCUCAUUGACGAUGACGAGGAGGAGGAUGAUGGAGGUGAGUCGUACCACGAAGCGUCGGAUGGCGAGUCGAACGAGGAGGAAGGCGAGAUCUCAGACGACGAUGUUGCCCUUGCUGCCGGAUCCACACCACGUUCGGGCGGGACAAAGAUCAAGAUCCCCCUCCGCUCCACACCUUCGUCCACCGGCUCGGCAAAACCAAAAACGUUUGUGGUGGCAGACGACUCGGAUUCGGACGACAACCUUUCCAGCCGACGCAAGGUGCACACCGUCUCAGAUGACGACGAUGAUGACGAAGACGAGGAUGAUGACGACGAAGAUGACGAGGACGACGACGUGCAGGUCACGCGAGUCACCCACUCCUCGCACCAUCCCAACGGAGACAAGAAGAAGAAGCAUGCUGCCGGCAGCAGUGGCUUGCAGAGGGAGCGCGGGAGCGAUGGCGAGUUUAUCGAUGUCGAGAGCGCAUCUGAGCAAAGCGAUAACGACUCGUUCUGA